UUGCGCCUCUUCCAUUCGCGCGUUCACGAGACCGGCACACUCGCUAAAUGAUGGCCGAAGGAGGCGGACCCGAGCCGGGUGGCGCGGCAGACUCCGACUCAGAGCCGGUAGCCGCACAAAUGCCAACCCCUUCAACCGAAAAUCAAAAACAGACUAUUGGGUCACUAUUAAAGACUACUUUAAGAAAGGGUGACGAAUGGUAUCUAAUAGACAGCCGGUGGUUCAAACAAUGGAAGAAGUACGUUGGAUUUGACAGCUGGGACAUGUACAAUGUUGGAGAACGUAGCCUGUAUCCAGGACCAAUUGAUAACUCUGGCCUUUUCUCUGACCAGGAGACUCAGACCCUGAAGGAGCACCUUAUCGAUGAGCUGGACUAUGUCCUUGUUCCCACUGACGCCUGGAAAAAGCUGGUCAGCUGGUACGGGUGUCUUGAGGGUCAGAAACCCAUCGUCCGGAAGGUUGUGGAACAUGGCAUGUUUGUCAAGCACUGUAAGGUGGAGGUCUAUUUGCUGGAGCUGAACUUGUGUGAGAAUGACAACAUGGACAAUGUUGUCACGCGUCAUUUCAGUAAAGCUGAUACUAUAGACACUAUAGAGAAGGAGAUGAGAACACUGUUCAAUAUCCCAUCGGAGAAGGAGACACGGCUGUGGAACAAAUACAUGAGCAACACCUAUGAGCAGCUGAACAAGCCCGACAGCACUGUACAGGAUGCAGGUCUCUUCCAGGGGCAGGUGCUUGUGAUUGAGCGGAAGAACGAGGAUGGCACGUGGCCCAGACAAGCCUCCCAUCCCAAAUCCAGUACCACCCCGUCCAGGAAUUUCACUACCUCCCCAAAACUCUCCUCCAACUCAACAGCCAGUAUCUCCUCAACAGUAACCAAUGGAGACAGCAGCUGUAGCCCCGGCUACACACUUAACAACAGCACAUCCUCUGGUAACAGAUUGGGGGGCUACAAUUCAUACAGCUCUUCCUACAACUACAGAGAGUCCCAGUCACAGCCUGGCCUGUGUGGUCUCAGUAAUUUGGGCAACACAUGCUUCAUGAACUCUGCCCUUCAGUGCCUCAGCAAUGCAUCUCCACUCACAGAAUACUUCCUCAAUGACCAGUAUGAGGCUGAGAUUAACCGAGAGAAUCCCCUGGGAAUGAGGGGGGAGAUCGCAGAGGCCUACGCGGACCUAGUGAAACAGAUGUGGCUGAGCCGAAGCAGCUACGUGGCCCCGCGUACCUUCAAAACACAGGUCGGACGUUUUGCCCCCCAAUUUUCAGGGUACCAGCAGCAGGACUCCCAAGAGCUGUUGGCCUUCCUGCUCGACGGGCUCCAUGAAGAUCUCAACCGUGUCAAGAAGAAGCCUUAUCUGGCCCUGAGGGAUGCAGAGGGUCGUGCAGACGAGAUUGUUGCAAAAGAAGCCUGGACGAACCACCGCUUGCGCAAUGACUCAAUUAUAGUUGAUAUAUUCCACGGCCUCUUCAAAUCCACUUUGGUGUGCCCCGAGUGCUCCAUGGUGUCUGUGACCUUUGACCCAUUCUGCUACCUCACACUGCCUCUGCCCAUGAAGAAGGACCGGACUAUGGAAGUGUUCCUGGUGCGAUCAGACCCUCAGUCUAGACCCACACAGUAUCGAGUUGUGGUGCCCAAACUGGGAACAGUGACAGACCUGUGCACUGCCUUGUCCAAACUCUGUGGAUUUCCUCAAGAAAAUAUGGUGGUUGCUGACGUAUACAAUCAUAGAUUCCACAAAGUCUAUAGGCGCGAUGAUGGUCUAAACCAAAUCAUGGAAAAAGAUGACAUCUUUGUGUACGAAGUGCAGGAAGAGAACAGUGAGAGGAUGAACCUGCCUGUUUAUUUCAGGGAGCGGCACUCCAAGCAUGCAGGAAGUUCCUCGAGCACAAUGUUGUUUGGCCAGCCUUUACUUGUCACUGUGCCCAGACUUAACCUCACAGCAGACAUUCUUUAUGACAAGAUCCUCGAGAGAAUUGGGCGCUAUGUUAAACGAUCCCAGAAACCAAACAGUGAAAGCAGGGCGGCGGCCUCCGCAUCAAUAUCGGCCUCAGCAUCUGUAUCGGCCUCAGCAUCUGUAUCGGCCUCAGCAUCUGUAUCGGCCCCUGCAUUAACCUCAGUGACCCCCUCUGCGUCGGCCUCAGCCUCGGCGACCAUUGCCAGCAGCAGCCAGGUUCCUGAAUGCUCGACUUCGUCUGGUCUCAAUUCCAGCCUGAAGGGCUGUGGCAGCCCUCAGUCAGACGCGGCCUCCUGCAGUGCCAGCUCAAGUAACGGCAGCAACCACUCUGGGACCUGUCACGAAACGAACGGGUUAUAUGACGCUGAGGAGGAGGCCAUGGACCACCAGGUGAGUCCAGAGCCUGAGAAUGGCCAAUCCGAAGAGGAUGAAGAAGAGGCCACUGUCUUGGAAACUGGGUCUAAAGGAGACUUGGCCAAGCAGCGCUCCUCUCCAGCCAAACUCUUCAGUUUCAGCAUAGUCAACUCGUACGGAACUGCAAACAUCAGCCCGCUGCCCUGUGAUGGAAAUGUCCUCAAACUUAACCCACAUUCCACGGUGGCAAUCGACUGGGAUGCGGCAUCGAAGAAACUGUGCUACGAUGAACAGGAAGCAGAGGCCUAUGAGAAGCACGAGAGCAUGCUACAGGCACAGAAGAAGAAAGCCACUGUGGCUCUGAGGGAAUGCAUCGAGCUCUUCACAACAAUGGAGACACUUGGAGAACACGACCCAUGGUAUUGUCCAACAUGUAAGAAACAUCAGCAGGCCACAAAGAAGUUUGACUUGUGGUCGCUGCCGCGCAUCCUGGUAGUUCAUCUAAAGCGGUUCUCCUACAAUCGGUGCUGGAGAGACAAGCUGGACACAGUGGUGGACUUCCCCAUCAGGGAUCUGAACAUGUCUGAGUUUGUGUGCGACCCCAAGGCCGGCCCCUACGUGUACGACCUCGUUGCCGUGUCAAAUCACUACGGUGGAAUGGGAGGGGGGCACUACACGGCUUACGGGAAGAAUAAAGUGGAUGGAAAGUGGUAUUACUUUGAUGACAGCAGCGUCUCCUCUGCCACAGAGGACCAGAUUGUGACUAAAGCAGCAUAUGUGCUGUUCUAUCAGCGCAGGGACGAGGAAGCUCCCUCCAAACCUCAGCCUUCGGCCUCGGUGGGAGGAGCCCCGGAAGCAGCCGAUGACCACAUGGACACAAACUGAGUAGCCCUCACGCCAAGGGACUGGCACUGAAGCGUAUAUGGCAAAUAGAGACACUCGGCCGGACACACCAUGCUACUUUAGUGACAAAAGACUCCACAGACUUAACAUUAUUAACCUUGCCCAUAUUUUAUUUGAUUUCUGUCUCGAUUGUUGUCAACUAGAGCCAACGGCCUUUUCAUAAGAGGGACUUGUUCCCCGCAGCAGAUGGCCUACUGGUUUCUGACCAUAGUUUACUAGUCUGAAGCUAAAGAGGAGUACAGAUAGAGAUCCUCUCACUCGAUAAACAGAAUGUUAGAAGUGCCCUCAAAUGCGUAGAUAAACCAAUGUUUCUGUUGCCCACAACAACAGUCAGAACUAUUAAAGAAAAAAAGCCAAAUGCACCUGUUGUUUGAACCAAAGCGUUCCAAGGUUUUUAAUGAUGAAAUAUACCAACUGUUGAGACAUGAGCAGGAUACUGGCAUUGUGCCUAGAUUUAUUUCCGAUAAUCUUGCUGUGCUGAGGUAAAUGCAGACUAUUGACAGUGUGAUGUGCACACAGAACAAUUCAUGCCAUGCUUGUUGAAAUAAUCCUGUGACCUUAUUCCACCUGCGUAGAGUGGGUCACUGAGGGGUGGCGGGGGGGAGGCGUCUUGGUGCUGCAUGCUACAUGCUGUUGCAAUCUAAACCACUGAGGGCGAUGUUAUUUUUUUUUGCACAGUUUAACAUCUGUGUCUUUACACAUAUUUUUGACAGAAGCAGUUUCCCUUGCUCUUGUUCAGCCAACUUCUUUUCUCCUACGAUGCACAGAAUGGGCUCCGCUGCCUCUUAGACCCUAAACCUAUUCGAGGAGUCUUACCCUGCUAACCAUUUUUAUUGUCCUAUUCUUUUUUGUAACGACAAUGCAAAGGCGGCCUUUUGAUUCCUGCAACCUGACAAAGAAGGGGGCACUUUGAAUUCUCAAUGAGUACAUUAUCCACCUGCUUCUGCUGCAUCAAGAUAUCACAGGAUUGUAUGAUUUGGUCCUUGGCAUUAAGGGUUACGGUCUGUCCCACACCUCCACGUCGUUUGAAUGUGUUUUGACCCCCAGCUACCCUUCAAAGGCUUGUCCUUAUUAGUAUUGUACAUUAUUGCAGCUGGGUAUUGAAAUGGCUGUUAUUUGAUAUCUUAAAAGCACACUGAGUGAAGAAAAAUAAACUAGAAUAAAAGUGGUGCUCUUAUUGAUGAAAUUGAACCCCCCCCCCGGGUAUCUGGAUCGAUCUACAUGUGUCAUCAUUUGGGGUCAGAGCAGCAUUCCCCCAGUGAAGUGAGGCAAAGUUGUCUAUGCUGGUGGAAUAAGCAAAGAAUUCCUUUUGUGUCUUUUUAGACACGAGUCGUUUAGACAAGUAUCCCAGGAAGUAGUUGUGACAGGUUCAGUGUGACUGGGUAUGAAAUAAAUUCACCUAGACUCUGUCUCAAGGGUCUUUUAUGUGGAACCAGGUGGCAGUUUCUACUAAAUGGAUCUAUUCCCAGGAGUCUUGUUCAAUCAUAUUUAUAAUUCUAGAUACUUAUUUGAAAAAAAAAAUGCAGCGGAUCUUGUUUUCUUUCUUAAUCACAAUGGAAAUCC